CUAUCGUUUUGGGUACGUAAAAUCGCCCGCGGCUAUUAAUGUACGAAAACGUUACCUCAUUGUCAAGGCUGUAAUAGAAGUAUAUUGUGAUAUGUUUGUGUCAAAUAUUAUAGAUACAUGAAUAAUGAACCUAAAUCAAUGGCUAAAUAUAUCAAUAUAGGCCAGAAAUUGACUUUAAUUAAACAGCAGUGUCUGCAAGCAAGAUUUGCUAUAUAAACAGCAGCCAUUUGUAAAAUAGAGUGACUUCCGCCUGAAUCUCGGCUAAAAGUCUAUAAAAAUAAAACUAACAAGAUGUCUGCUAUAGUAAAUGAGCAUGGUUGCAUCUGUUGGAAACAUCGCUGGUGUUCAUUUAUUACUGAAAAGUUUUAAUUCAAUUGUUUAAAAACCGGUACAUAAAUGAAACAAGGAAAUAUUUUGGUAUUUUUCAAAACAUAAAUCCUCCUCAAAAUGUGAAAUAAUUAUUAAAAUGUAAGGAGUCACCUGUUUUUCACAUUACUAGUCGCGGGCGAUUUUACGUAGCUAAAACGAUAGAUUACCCCAAUGUCCGAUAAUGAAAUAGACUUCCAUAAAAGAGGAAAAAUAGAAGUAUGUGCAAGUAUGGAUCCUACGUAUACUACUGGUGAUCUACAAGAUUUAAUCAACACUUAUAAUGACUACAAGUCAGCUUCAGAGCUUAAAAAUGGCCACAUACUUUGCCUGUGGCUGGAUAACGAUCAAAUAUUUCCCUACACUUUCAGUGAGCUCCAAACUUUGGCUGAUAAUUCAGCUCAGAAAGGAGACUUUACGCCAUCCUACCUUAAGGAAAGCUUAUGUGUCUUAUGUGCCAAAUAUGCAACAUUUACUCCCGAGGAGAGCUGGUCAAAAAUAAAACUUUUUCUGAGUCAACCUUUCUUUAAAAUUUAUUCCACUAGACAAAAAACAAAUGUUGAUCCAACACAUGAGACUACACAAGUGAAAAGGGAAUCAAAUUCUUCAAUGCCAGAUUUGCCUGAAGGAAUAAGACAACCAUACGUUAUAGUUGAAAGACUUAAGGACUUUAAAUAUUUAACAGAUGAUUCAAGAGAACUUAGUAGUGAAUCAUUAGCAAUCCAGAAAGAUUUGCUGACUCAAAACUCUAAUAGCCUAGUCCUAUCCACUGAUGAAGAAUCCAUGUCAUCGAUCGAAGACGUGGAUGAAUCCGUAGAGGAAGUUCUGGAAUCUGAAGAUUUGGCUAAAAUCAACGGACACCUAGAGGCUAAACUGGGAAAGUAUGACAAGGAACUUAAAAGAUACCAAUCCUUACAAUUAAGAGCAACAAACCAAAAAGUUAAAAGGCUCCAAAUGACCCUUGACAAGCAAAGAAUUUUAAUUAAAAAAUUACACAAGCAGAAGCAGACUCUUGAAGUGUAUUGUAAAAAAGAAAAUGAACCUUCAGAGCUCUAUAGAAAACAGAGUUCAAAGAUAAAAUAUUUAAAACAAAGAUGUAAUGAAAAGUUGAGAGAGAUUAAUGAAGUUAAAAUGAAGAUUACAGAACAGCCUUCUGUAAUUGCAAAGUUGCAACAAGAAGUUGCUGACACAACUAGAGAGUAUGACAUUGCAGUCCAACAUUUGGAGGAGAUUAAAGAAGGCAUUGAUCCAUGCUGAGUCAGAUGUCAGUGUUUUGGCUAAUUUGUAUGACAUUGUGCUUCAGUGUUGGAGCUUUCACU